AUGAGGGGAGAAUCUUACUUCAUUGGCAUGAGGAGCCCUGGGCAGCAGGGGCACAUCCCAGAAGAUGGAGGACUUUUCUUACUCUGCAUUGACAGAGACUGGGCUGUUACUCAGUGUUUCGCAGAGGAAGCCUUUCAAGCAAUCACUGACUUCAAUGACCUUCCCAACUCGUUGUUUGCAUGCAACGUCCACCAGUCAGUGUUUGAAGGAGAAGAGAGUAAGGAGAAAUUUGAGGGACUAUUCCGAACUUAUGAUGACUGCGUGACGUUCCAGCUAUUUAAGAGUUUCAGACGUGUCCGAAUAAACUUCAGCAAUCCUAAAUCCGCAGCCCGAGCCAGGAUAGAGCUUCAUGAAACCCAGUUCAGAGGGAAAAAAUUAAAGCUUUACUUUGCACAGGUUCAGACUCCAGAGACGGAUGGAGAUAAACUGCAUUUGGCUCCACCACAGCCCUCCAAACAGUUUCUCAUCUCACCCCCUGCGUCUCCUCCCGUUGGCUGGCAGCCCAUCAGUGAUGCCACGCCAGUCCUCAACUAUGACCUCCUCUAUGCCGUGGCCAAACUAGGACCAGGAGAGAAGUAUGAGCUCCAUGCAGGGACUGAGUCCACCCCAAGUGUUGUCGUGCACGUAUGUGACAGUGACAUAGAGGAAGAAGAGGAUCCAAAGACUUCUCCAAAGCCAAAAAUCAUCCAAACCCGGCGUCCUGGCCUGCCGCCGUCCAUGUCCAACUGA